ACAUGAGAAAACUGAAAAGGCCACUGCUGAGAUGCGGACGACAAGUACCAACUACCAGUAGAAAAUAGUGGUAGGCUGAGCCUCCUAGUCAUCACAAGUCACAACGAUCAAACAUUAGAAAGGUAGGAAAUCAAAAAUCGAAGCUUGAUCCACAGAUUCAUCUGUAGUCAUUGAGAGUGAAAUGGAGAAGAAGCAUGAUCAUAAUCCACUCCGAUGGCUAAAUCUGAUGGUAUCGGAGCCUUAUUAUCUCUCUCAUUUCCUCGCUUUCUUCUCUUAUUUCGUCCUUCGCACCUCCUCAUCCCUUGUCCUUUCUCCUCACAUCACCCACCGUCUCCUUCAUUGGGAGAUUCAAGGGAUUCUGGUGCUUUCCGUUUUAGCUGUUAUUAAGUGCGUGAAAGAAGAAACAUGGGAGGCCUUUGUUGCUGACAUACUGUUCUUUGCAAAGCUUCUUCUUGUUGCCAUUACUUUGAUAUUGGAUUACCACUUGGCUCUCUGGUACAUAGUGAUAUUUUCAGUUAUAUAUAUCUCAACACAACAGCCUGCCUUCCAAGGACAAGGUACUUCAAAUAAAUUAACACCGCUGCAAUUAGAAGCCUUGCUGACAGAAGGGAACACAUCGAGAUUCUGGUUGGUGGAAUUUUAUGCUUUCUAUUCAUCUGCUUGUAUACGUGCAAGUCGGUGUUUUCCUGAGCUCUCAAUUAUAUACUCGACCAAGAACUUAUCAUUUGGACGGGUUGAUCUUGGACUCUUCCCAAAUGCAGCAGAAAAAUUUGGAAUAUCUCUUAGUGGGGGCAUGAGCCAACUUCCUACUUAUAUAUUAUUUGAGAAUAAUGCUGAGGUUACACGCUUUCCAGAGUGGGAUUUUGAAGCAAAAUCUUCGCAUCCUCCUGUCAGUAAGAGACUCCUUUAUAAACAUUUUGAGCUCGAUCGACACCUUGUUGAAUAUCUUAACUGUAAAUAGACACUGAAGAUAGAUUUUCUGCUGAUGAUUGAUGGUUUACUGGCUUCAGAUUCUUUCAGUCACUCCAGAAUACAAGCAUGGGGCUGGAAAUGCUUUGCAACCUUCUUUUAAAUUUCUUCUUCUUUCAAAUUGAAUACUGGCAUAGAAUUUUUUUUGAUUGCCACUGUAGACAUCUUCUUCCUUCGGCCUUUUGUUCACGUUUCAUUCUAGUAAGGUCGAAGAAAAGUUCAAUGAAAUAUCGAAGCUACUCCAGUUUCAAUAGAUGGAUGGUUAAGACUGCAGACACAGGCCCACUUUGGGAACUUGAUUAAAAAGGGUAAUUCAGUGCACCAGUCAUCCCACACUGAGGGGCUACAGUAAAGGUUCAUGUAUGAAGACUAAUCCAUGCUUUGUAAAUAGUGUUUUUGGGACUGAAAUUUGUGACCUUCACAUCACAAAUAGAGUAAUUUUAUACAAAGCUCUUGAUUGAUGAA